AUGAGUGGUAUUAAUCCUAUCAUCCCAGGCUUCGCACCCGACCCGUCUGUGGUCAGGGUUGGAGAAUGGUUCUUCCUAGUUAACUCGACUUUCCACAUGUUUCCUGGACUCCCCAUCUAUGCAUCGCAAGACCUGGUGAAUUGGAAGCACAUAGGAAAUGCAUUGCACCGUCAAAGCCAGAUGAGUCUCAAGAAGUCCGACACUAAGCUAUACCCUCAAGAAGAUACCGGCGAGGUCCUUCUGGCUACUGGUGGCUUAUAUGCUCCAACUAUCAGGUACCAUAGAGGGAUAUACUACGUUAUCUGUACAAACAUUGUUCAUCCGGCCGAGGGAGCUCCUGAUGUGUCGGAGAACUUUGUCCUAUCUACCAAAGACAUAUGGGCCAACAGUUGGAGUGACCCCGUCUACUUUGAAUUCCAGGGAAUUGACCCUAGCUUGUUGUUCGAUGACGAUGGGAAGGUGUACGUUCACGGAUCUGCGGCACCGGGACCUUUCACGAAGAUCAAUCUCUUUGAGGUGGACUUGGCAACCGGAAAGAAAUUGUCGGACGAACGUACGAUAUGGGGAGGCACUGGCGGCAUCUAUCCUGAAGGUCCGCACAUGUACAAACGAAAUGGCUGGUACUAUCUUCUCAUCUCUGAGGGCGGUACCCACGACAACCACAUGAUUACCAUGGCGAGGUCCCAGGAUAUUUGGGGGCCAUACGAGCCUUGUCCCCAGAAUCCAAUUCUCACAGCUCGAGGCACUGGUGAAUAUAUCCAGUAUACCGGACAUUGCGAGGCUUUUCAAGAUCAAGAUGGAAACUGGUGGGGGGCCUGUCUAGGCGUACGCAAGGACGCCAAGGGCAGGUUCAUCAUGGGAAGAGAGACGUUCCUAACCUCGGGCAACUGGAAUGGAGAUUGGCUAUCUCUUGAUCUCGUCAAGUCCAACAUCGAAACUCUGAGUUCUCGAGAGAAGUUGUCCGACUUACCUCAAAUCGACAAACCGGGCCUGGAUAUUCUGUACAUUCGGGAUGCGGAUUUCAGGCGCUAUCGAUUUGAUGGUCACAAGAAUGGAGACGUGACGCUCAUAGCUGCAAAAACAGAUCUGUCUGCGCCUGAAGAGUCCCCGACGUUCAUGGGCAAGAGACAGAGACGCUUAUGUGGCCAAAGCCUCGUAGACAUCACCCUGUCAGAUAUCGCAGUUUCCGCCGACGUCAAUGUGGGAUUAGCCUGUUAUAAGGAUGAACACCGAUACCUCCGGAUCUUCUACGAUGGCUCGGAUUCGACGGUGGUCUUUGAGGUGGUCAACAAUGCAAAGAAGAUUUCUCAAACCAAACGGACAGCAAUAACGCUCUCUCAGAACACUGGACUGAGCUUCAAACUGCAAUACACGGAAGACCAAUACGAGGCACUCUUCCGCGUUGGUGGGAAAUCUGGAAACCCGGAAUGGUCACUUUUAGAGACAGUGGACACUUUGGUUCUCACGGGCCCAGACUUUGUCGGUCCAGUCAUAGGUGUUUUCGCAGUUGCGGAAACUGACGCUGAAGUUCACUGCACAUCGUUGGUCUUUGACGAACCAUUGGCUCAGAAGCCUCAUUGA